AUGUCGAAGCAGGAGAGCGACGCAGCGCAAAAGGUUGCUGAGGAUGAUGAGCCUGAUGAAUGGGACAAGCGCAUCUUCAGCACCGGCUGCUCAGAUGAGAAUGCAAAGUUGACGGACUGUUAUUUUGAAAAGAAGGAUUGGCGACAGUGCACUGCUGAGAUGGAGAGGUUCAAGAGCUGCUGGAAGCAGCAGGGCAACGAUUCCCGUACCGACAUGAAGGACGCAUAA